CAGGAUUUCCCGUUCGUCACACGGGGAUUCCCCCAUGUCCUUGGACUUUGCUUGGGUUCAGAGUGCAGACUCGGUGUACGCAGAAAUCAUGGAUCGUCUGAACGUAGUGUUUGGCCAUUUGAGCUCAUCGGUGACGACACACGAUGUGGCAGCGUCAGCAAGUCCCUCAGACGACAUCGUUGUUGUACAAGCCUUGAGAACUCCGAUAGGAAAAGCAAAGAGAGGGUCAUUUAAGGACACUUAUGCAGAUACUCUGCUGUCACACGUGUUCAAGGCCGUGAUAAAGGACGUGGGGGUGAAUCCUGCUGACAUCGGCGAUAUAUGUGUUGGCACAGUGCUGGAGCCGGGGUGCAACACGGCCAGAUUCGCUCAGUUUUACAGUGGUAUUCCCGAAACUGUGCCAUGCACGUCGACCAACAGGCAGUGCUCAUCAGGACUGCAGGCCUUCAUGAACGUGGCAGGGAGUAUCCGGAACGGGCAGUGUGAUGUGGGUCUGGCUGCAGGAGUUGAGUCUAUGACGAAGAAUGAAAUGCUGCGGAAGGGGAUGGACCUCAACCCUCAUGUGUUUGAAGACGAGAAGGCAGCCCAGUGCCUCAUCCCAAUGGGUAUCACGUCGGAGAAUGUUGCUGAAAGGUUCGGAGUAUCGAGGGAAAAACAAGACAGGUUCUCGUUGCGAUCACACCAAAAUGCCCACAAGGCGGCUGUGUCGGGAUUGUAUGAUGCGGAGCUGGUUCCCGUGACGACCAAGAUUGUAGAUAAGGAUGGGAACGAGAGGACCAUCACGGUAACCAAGGACGACGGUAUCAGGCCAAGCACCACAAUGGAGGGGCUCGGGAGACUCCGCCCUGCCUUCAAAGAAGGGGGAUCUACCACCGCUGGCAACUCUAGCCAGGUGAGCGAUGGUGCGGCAGCGGUGCUGUUGGCGCGCCGGUCCGAGGCGGAGCGGAGGCGAUGGCCAAUACUGGGUGUCCUCAAGUCCUACGCUGUGGAAGGAUGUCCUCCUGACAUCAUGGGGAUCGGUCCGUCGGUGGCCAUCCCGUCCGCUCUCAAGAAAGCAGGGCUGACAGUCAGCGAUAUCGACAUCUUCGAGAUCAACGAGGCGUUUGCCAGCCAGGCCGUGUACUGCAUGGAGAAGCUGGGUAUCCCCCUUGAGAAGGUCAACCCUAAGGGUGGCGCCGUCGCCCUGGGGCACCCCCUCGGCUGUACAGGCGCCCGUCAGAUCGGGACGUUGUUGCAUGAGCUCAAGAGAAGAGGCAAACCGGCCUAUGGUGUGGUGUCCAUGUGUAUUGGCACCGGCAUGGGAGCAGCCGCCGUUUUCCAGUAUCAAGCAUAAUCAAUUCAUGGUUGGGGCCACUACCUGAAGAGGAAAACUCCCAACACCAGAAUAAAUAAGUGCUCACUGUUUAAAAGGUGAAAACAAGAGAUCCUCAAGCAGUUGAAUUUUUUUCACUCUUGCACCUUUAUUAUUUGGAGACAUGACACAACACUCUCUAUCAUAAACAGACUGGUUGAUUUUGUGCCUUUACCCAAGUACUAUAUUACCGUAUUCGAUGUAAUAAGCGCCCAGGGCGCUCUCAAAAUUAGAAAUAGGGGGCUCUUAUUAGAAUAUUGGUUUGGUGAAAAAAAUAAGAGUUGAAAGAUAAAUUUCAGCCUGAAAUGUUUAUAUUCGACCGAUGUAUUUUUCCAGAAUUUAAUUGCCCAUAAUUAAGGGUGCAUAAAUAAGUCUUGUGUACAUCGAUCAAUCGGAAGGGGUGCUAAUUGGGAUUGUUCACAAGCCAAUAUAUUAGCAAAUAUCGCCGUGGGCGCUUAUUAGAGCAGGGCGCUUAUUACGUCGAAUACGGUACCUCAGAUUACAAAUGCCAGAAAAAAUAUGUUUGCAAAGGAUGACCUCCACUUGAAUAAACAUGUCAUUCCUAUCAGAUAUUCAGACAUUUCAAUGCCAGGAAAGUUGGUUUUUGGUUCUGAGGCGAAUCAAGAAAGUCUUCAAGGUUGAUUAUACAAUUAUCAGCAAGUUGUGAGAAUCCACUGCGUAAUGAUCGUUUUUGAUUUGACAGCUCUAUGUGCAUACACUUUAACAUGCAAUUGUACAUACAUUGACUUGUUGCAGGAUGUAUAUUUCCAUGGUAAGAGAUGAAUAAAUUGUUAUAUUUACAAAUUA